AGAAAGCUUACGUCGAUGUCUCAUCUUGCGAUGGAAUAUGCGCCGCGAGACUGCGUGCGCAGGUAGAUCCACCUCUUGUGUCUGCGUGAAAAGUCGAGAAUCUCCAGAUGUAUCAUAGAAGCCGUGUUACACGCUGUUCACACUUUGAAAAACGUGUAACCAGCUUGCGACUACGAUGGUGCGAGUUGAGACACCGAAAGCACAAUCAAACUUUUGUUACGACGUGAUUUCGAUGUUACUUCUCAUGGGACGGGACCAUGCCAAUCUCGGUGAAGGUCAACGCGCGAGGCACGAGCCCGCCACUCGAGUACUCACGUUGGUGCGGGCAAAACUCAACACGCCGCACGAUAUUGCAGAAAGUCCUGACGGGCGCGAUAGUUGUCCGGCAGAGCGCGUUCCGGUGACAGAGGCGACCAGCGGUGGACCGAUAUCGUGACGUGUGCGACAUGGUGCUCGCUGCCCAUGAAG